UUAUCUAAUCAAUGAUGAUUAUCGAAUUGAAUUGAUAAUAUUCAUGGUCACUGAUAUCGUUUCAGGUGUUGGCUCAACACGUUAUUAACACCAUCGGAUUUUUUUUUCUGGAUUUAAACAUUAUAUUGAGUGGCAUUUGUUGUUGGGGUUCUCUGUUCUAUAUAAUUUUCAGACAAGCCUGCUCCUGGUUAAUUCGAUCGAGUCGAUUUGUUUUUGUUUUUGUUUUGUUCGUUUUUCGGUUUCGAUUUGCGUUGUCGUCAUUAUUGUUGUUUUUUUGUUUUUUUUCAUCAAAACAAAUUAAUUGUUUCACUGUGUGUACAUAGAUGGAUGCUGCCAAAAUUCUAAUUACCGGUGGUUCCGGAUAUGUUGGAUCACAUUGUGUGGUUGAAUUAUUGGAAAAUAAUUUUAAUAUUAUCGUAAUCGAUAAUCUUGUCAAUUCUAUACGUUUGGAUGGUGAUCCGUUACCCGAAAGUUUACGACGUGCACAACAGAUAACUGGAAAAAAUAUAGACAAAUUUUAUAAUGGUACAACAGAAGAUGCUGAAUUAUUAGAUAAAAUAUUCAUUGAAAAUAGUUCAAUCGAUGUUGUUAUGCAUUUAGCUGCACUUAAAUCUGUCGGUGAAUCCGUUCAACAGCCAUUACGUUAUUAUCAAAAUAAUGUUGGUGGAUCUAUCACACUAUUGAAAGCUAUGGAAAAAUAUAAUGUUAAAAAAUUCAUUUUUUCAUCAUCAGCAACCGUUUAUGGUGAGCCACAAUAUCUACCAUUAGACGAAUCACAUCCAAUCGGUAUCAAAUGUACAAAUCCUUAUGGCCGUAGUAAAUGUAUGGUUGAACAGAUUCUUGAAGAUGUAUGUCAAGCCGAUUCUGAAUGGUCCAUCAUAUCGUUACGUUAUUUUAAUCCGGUUGGUGCUCAUCAAUCAGGAUUGAUCGGUGAAUAUCCAAAUGAUAUUCCGAAUAAUCUAAUGCCUUAUAUUAGUCAAGUAGCGGUUAAGGUUCGACCAUGUUUAAAUGUAUUUGGCGAUGAUUAUCCUACCGUUGAUGGUACCGGCGUACGUGAUUAUAUUCAUAUCGAUGAUCUAUCCAAUGGACAUAUUGUAGCCUUAAAACAUAUGCUAUCAUCGCCAAAAGAAUGGUUCGGUUAUAAUCCUAUUAAUCUUGGCACUGGUUCUGGCACAACUGUUUUACAGCUGAUUGAAUCAUUUGAAAAAUCUACGGGCAUUAAAAUUCCAUAUAAAAUUGUCGAUAGACGACCAGGAGAUUUAGCCAUUUUAUUUGCCAAUGUUAAUGUUGCGAAAGAAAGACUUGGCUGGAAAGCAAGAAAAACUAUCGAUGAAAUGUGUUCAUCCACCUGGAAUUGGCAAUCAAAAAAUCCAAAUGGUUUUCGUAAUAAUAAAAUUGCUCAAUGAAUAAG